AAUCGAACAAGAACCGGAAGCGCAGCGUGAGAAGGAAAAUGAGAUGUUUUGUGUGCAUGAAGUUUGUUAGCUAUCGUUAACUUCUAUUAUCUUUGAAGAAACCAGAUAAAGCGGCGAUUUCUUGAACGAAGCAUCUUCCCUCUGGUCUAUAUCCUCUGAAAUUACGCAGUCCUCCCGGACAAAACCCGUCACUUUCUCUGAGAACAGGAAAAAAGUGUCAGGAUGGACCCAGCUCUACUGAGGGAGAGGGAACUGUUCAAGAAAAGAGCUCUGUCCACUCCAGCUGUAGAGAAGAGACAAGCAUCCUCAGACUCUGGAUCACACAAGAAGAAGAAGCCCAAAGUUGACAAGGAGAGCUCCUCAGGGUCCAAAGGCGUUGAGUCUAGUAAUGGAAACUUUAACAUCAAGACGAGCUCUGGGUACAAAUUUGGCUGUCUGGCCAAGAUAGUCAAUUAUAUGAAGACAAGGCAUCAGAAUGGUGACACACACUUCUUGACCUUAGAAGAGAUUCUGGAUGAGACCAAACUUCUUGACAUCAGCAUGAAACAGAAACAAUGGCUCAUGACGGAGGCCUUGGUCAGCAACCCAAAAAUUGAGGUACGUGAUGGGACAUAUGGCUUCAAGCCCAAGUACAACCUGAAGGACAAGAAAGCCUUAUUGAGGCUGCUGGACAAACACGACCAGCUGGGCCUGGGAGGAGUGCUGCUGGACGAUGUAGAGGAGGGGCUGCCCAACUCAGCCAAGGCCAUUAAGGCUUUAGGAGAUCAGAUCAUCUUCGUGACAAGACCAGACAAGAAAAAGAUCCUGUUCUACAAUGACAAACACUGCCAGUUUGCGGUAGAUGAAGAAUUUCAGAAACUGUGGAGGGGCGUUCCCGUCGAUUCCAUGGAUGAAGAGAAGAUUGACGAGUAUCUGAAGAAACAAGGCAUCUCCUCCAUGCAAGAAACAGGACCAAAGAAAGUGUUACCAGUUCAAAAGAGGAAGAAGCAAGGUGGGCAGAGGAAGAGACACUUCAAGACUCACAACAACCAUUUGGCGGGAGUACUGGAGGAUUAUUCAGAUGGCGUUCCUGUAAAGAAGUGAAGUCCCUUCCCAUCACUGCUACAUGCCCUCAGAGGAGCUUUGUAGAAUCUGUAAAUCAGAAAUGGCUGUAGAUGGAGACUCUGGCCACACUACAAGACUUUUCAUGGGUGUCUGUUAUGUCAAACAAACUAGCUUCUUUUCCUUUCUUUGAACUCCUUUCAGUGAUCCGUGGUCUUGUAUUACAUGGAGUGAAUACAACCUGUGUUGUGGAAUCCUUUUCAGUUUGUUUAUUGAUCAGUGAUGACUGAAGGACACUGGAGGAAAAGGGUAUUGAGACCAUUAAGAGCAGUGAAUGCUUUUACAAAGACUGUCAUCCUUAAAAGGGGCGCAGCAGCCUGACUGUUAAAGGUAAUGAGUUUAAGUGUGUACAUACUUUUUUCUUCAUUUCACUUGAUAUAUUACAAAGGGGUGUGUGUGGAAGGGUUUAUUUGAGAGGGCAGCAGUCCUCAUCUGAUGGCAACCUUCCAUCCUUUUUAUUAGGAAUUGCAGAAGACAUGUUUGUGUUGUGCAGUGCAUCACAUUGACGUCUCUCAUCCAGCAUGAAACAUCUUGGACAUUACUUCCUGUGAAACUUCAAAAAUAUUUAAAUUGUUUUACUUUGCAGCACCAUGUCAUAAUGGUUUAAAAUACUAGAAUUUUUUGAACUUAUUUUAAUAAAUUACACUGUUACAGGAUACUGCCUUGUUGCUUGAGUUGAUUUACAUGCACUGCAGUGGCAACAAUUCUUC